ACAGUUGCGUAUGGGUGGACGCGGAGCACAGACGUAUUAGCGAACGGAAGCGUCCACUCGGUUCAAUACAGAAAAAGGAGAAUGGAAGAGAUAAAAACAGAGCCUGUGGAUUUUGUGAAGGAAUUUCAGGAGUACCUGACACAACAAACCCAGCAUGUCAACAUGAUCUCAGGCUCUGUUUGCGGAGAGAAGGAGUCAGGAGAGCAGUUUGAAGCCGUUGCCCCCAGGAGUGAGCAGAAUGGUCUCGACCCUCCGUCUGUGGAGGUGAGCCUGCCCGUGGAGGACGGGCCAGAUGUACAGAUGGACGGUCUGGAGAGGACCUGCGAUGGAAAGUACAAGUGCAGCUACUGCAGCUAUGCCAACAAGGGCAUGGCUCGUUUAAUAGAGCACAUCCGCAUCCACACAGGAGAAAAGCCUCACCGCUGCCAGCUCUGCCCGUUUGCUUCGGCAUAUGAACGCCACCUGGAAGCUCACAUGCGCUCGCACACAGGAGAGAAGCCGUACAAGUGCGACCUCUGCGCCUUCCGCUGCAGCGACCGCAGCAACCUGUCGCACCACCGUCGCCGCCGCCACAAGCUCCUGCCCACGAGGGUUGUCCGCUCUCCUUUCGCCAACAAGAGGAUGUUGAGCUCCCUGCAGAAGAGGACUGGCUCUCUGGGCUUCAGCAGGCGGCUCCUCAUCAACUUCAGCCCUCCCUCCAUGGUGAUCCCGAAAUCGGAUUAUCUGAAUGACUUCUCUCACAAGAUCCACCAUCAUCUGAGCAGCAGCGAGUAUAAGAGCAAUCCCAGAGUGGAUGAGAGUGACAGUCGAAACAGAGGUGCAAAUGGUUUGACUUUUAAUAACCCAUUGGACCAGCUGUCCACACUUGCGGGCCAGUUAGCCGACCUCCAUCCUGAGUCUCAGACUCCGGCGUCCCCUGACAGGGAGUCCUUAAAAGACGAAAAGCCCAUCGUCAUACAGCAGGUCUCCAGUGAACACGUCACCAUGUGCUCAAAUGGAGUGCAGACAGAUAAAAAUGACUCUCCCACCUCCGGCCAUGAGAGCUGCAGUCCCGUCCCCAGCCUCGGCUUUGACAACAGCGCGAACACUCUGACUGUGAGCGUUAGCAACAGCCAGCCGAGCACACCCGCCCCCGCCCUCACCACACCGGACCAGCAGCUCUUACACAGAUGCCAGCACUGCGAUAUUCACUUUGUGGACAAUAUCCUCUACACCAUUCACAUGGGCUGCCAUGGCUUCGAACAUCCAUUUCAGUGCAACAUCUGUGGUCACAUGUGCGCAGACAAAUACGACUUUGCGUGCCAUUUUGCCCGAGGACAACACAAAAAGUGAUUCCUGGCAACAUUGGUGCAUAUUGUGUUUUUAGUGUAUUGCUUGUACAGCAUCUAAACAUGGUGGCACUGAUUUACUUUUUUUUUUUGUUAUGUACAUUUUACUAUUCCCUUUUCAUUUCAUACUCAAUAUAUUGUUGCCUCACUGCAGAUCGACGUGGUUUUGAGCUUUUCGUAUUUGUUUUGGAUCGAUACAUACAAAGGGUGGGCAAAACAGAAACAGCCUACACAAGUUAGCUGUCAGAAAAAAUGUUAGCGUUGUACUUUUUUGCAAACCACGUUACAGUUGCAUGUCAUUAUGAGGGGGACACAUUGAAACUUCAUGUUUCAACAAGGCUUUGGUUAAUGUGUGGUUAGGUUUAGAGACAAAAACACCUGGUUAUGGUUGGGAAAAGAUCAUGUUUUAGAGUA